AUGUCCAACUCGAUUGCUCAACAAUUCAUAAAAAACCCUCAUUUCGUAGUAGUCGGUGCUAGCCCUGAUCGCCAAAAGUUUGGCAACCGUAUCUUGCGCUGGUAUCAAGCGAAUGGACUUGAUGUGACUCCUAUUCACCCAAAAGAAAGCAUGAUUGAAGGAUUGAAUGCAUUGAACAGCAUACACCAAGUCUCUGUCCCUCAACAAACAUCUAUAUCCAUCGUCACUCCACCCAAAGUAACAUUACAAGUGUUGCAAGAUGCUAAACAAUUAGGUUUCAAGUAUGUAUGGAUUCAACCUGGCGCAGAAGAUAAUGCUGUCAAAGAAUACGUGGCGCAAAAUAGUGAUCUUAAAGUCAUUCUUGGUGGACCCUGUCUUCUGGUAGAUGGCCCUUCCCUCAUAAAGACUAGAGAGGGUCGCUUGUAA